CUUCAAUUAUUCGACUCACAACAAGUUACUUGAAAAUGAGAAUUGUUUUUCCUGAAGGUCUGGGAGAGUCCUGGGGCCACGUGAGUCGGACCAGAACUCUGGAUAAUGUUGGGCGAGAGCUGGGAUCACAUCUGUUACAGGUGGGAUCACAUAUCCUACAGACGUUGGACGGGUUCAUUUUUGUGGUUGCUCCUGACGGGAAAGUAAUGUACAUAUCUGAAACAGCAUCGGUCCAUUUGGGUUUAUCACAGGUAGAGCUGACCGGAAAUAGUAUUUACGAGUACAUCCACCCCGCUGACCACGACGAAAUGACAGCCGUGCUGACAGCUCACCAACCCUGCCACUCGCACUUUGUCCAAGAAUAUGAAAUGGAACGUUCGUUYUUCUUGAGAAUGAAAUGCGUCCUCGCGAAAAGAAAUGCUGGUCUGACRUGUGGUGGAUACAAGGUGAUCCACUGCAGCGGGUACCURAAGAUCCGUCAGUACAGCCUGGACAUGUCUCCAUUUGAUGGCUGCUAUCAGAACGUGGGCUUGGUGGCGGUGGGCCACUCUCUACCCCCUAGCGCUGUCACUGAAAUCAAACUACACAGCAACAUGUUCAUGUUCAGAGCCAGCCUGGAUAUGAAGCUCAUCUUCCUCGACUCCAGGGUAGCUGAGCUGACGGGCUAUGAGCCCCAGGAUCUUAUAGAGAAGACGCUCUAUCAUCAUGUCCAUAGCUGUGACUCCUUCCACCUGAGAUGUGCACACCACUUGUUCCAUACUGUAUGUGUAUGCUUCUGUAGGGAUACUGAGUAUAAAGGACUCCAGCUGUCUCUGGACCAGGUUACAGACACCAAGCCCUCCUUCCCCUUCAGCAGUGCUCCCACCAGCCUCACUGAGAACCGCAGAGCACCCAAGAGCAGAGUGUCCCGAGCUAAGGCCAAGGCUCGACUGUCCCCCUACACACAGUACACUGGUUUCCAGGCCGAGCGGUCAGAGUCGGACCAGGAUAGUCCUUGGGCAGGAUCUCCCCUCACAGACUCCGCUUCCCCUCAGCUGCUGGAGCAGGGGGAGGGGCUUGGCGCCUCCUGUGCCUACAGGCAGUUCUCCGAGCCACGUCCCCUCUGCUACAGCCUCCCAAUCACUGAGGAGCACCACCACCACCACCACACCCCCAGCGAAAGCCACUCCCACCUCGACAGACACGGCCACAACCAGACGUGCGAGCGGGGCCGCUGUGAGGCAGGGAGGUACUUCCUGGGUGCUCCCCAGGGUGGGACAGAGGCGUGGUGGGGAGCUGCCCGCUCUGUGCUGCCCCUGGCCAAAACCUCGUCCCUGGAGAAUGGAGAGGGAUACGAGAGCAACGUGCCCCACAUCAGCUCCAUCCACAGUCUGCAUAACUGUGGCCAAUGGGACCAGGACAGUGUGGUCAGCUCACCAGACGGGGGCUCCGCCAGCGACUCAGGGGACCGUUACCGCGCAGACUACUUCCGGGUCAGCGCCCAGGAGCCGAGCAAGAUCGAGACCCUGAUCCGAGCCACGCAGCAGAUGAUCAAGGAGGAGGAGAAUCGGCUGCAGCACCGCAGCAAGCUCCACCCAGGCCCUGACACUCCUCUAGGUCCUGCCAACGGCCUCCCGAAGGGCCCCGGACCCUGCUUCACCCCUGACUACCCCCAGGGGGUGCUACAUAGCGUGUUGUGCCGUGGCCUGGGUCAGGUGAUGAGCCCCGCAUCAAGCCCUGCCCCUCUCUCCAGGCUCAGCAGCCCAGGGCCUGACCCCCUCCUCCCCAAGCCCAAAAACGACCUCCAGCAGACAGGACAGACAGACCUGUCCCCUCUCCCCCAGCCCCUGCACCACCAGCUUGGCCGUCCAGGCCCCUGCUCAGCCUCCUCCCCUACCCCUGCCCCAGCCCUCUACCCUUCCCACCCCCAAACCCAAACGGGGAGGCCCUAUCUGGACAAGCAAGCUGCUACCUACUCCCUGACGGGGAGGCCCUAUCUGGACAAGCAAGCUGCUACCUACUCCCUGACGGGGAGGCCCUAUCUGGACAAGCAAGCUGCUACCUACUCCCUGACGGGGAGGCCUUAUCUGGACAAGCAAGCUGCUACCUACUCCCUGACGGGCUACGCCCUGGAGCACCUGUAUGACACCGAGAGCCUCAGGGACUUCUGUUCCUCCGCUGGCUCCACCCACUAUGACGUGACUUCACACCUGCGCAUGCAGGCAGAGCAGGGGCCGGGACACAAGGGGACCUCCGUCAUCAUCACCAACGGCAGCUAACGCCCGCUUGUCCAAAAACACCAAGUCUAAAAUGUCAGCAUAUUCCCUACAUUAGGGAAUAGGGUGCCAUUUCCCUGCACGCUACUUUUGACCAAAGCCUGCAUAGGGCUCUGGUCAAAAGUAAUGCACUACAUAGGGAAUAGGUUGACAUUUCGGGUGCACACUAAAACACAUGAAGAAGAAACUGUAGAUCCAUGGAAUCUCCAUGCUAUAGCCCAGCCUCGACUGCCUCAUCUGCAUCUUAUCCAGCAAAAAUACUUUUUCCUAUCCUACUUCUUGUGUUUCCUUUUCUUUUAGUUUUUACAGAGCUACGUUAUUCCAUUUGCACUGUCAGAAAUGGAGUUUCAUUGUGGGAACCUCAUCCCUAGGGUUGAAGAUAGGGUUGUGGAUAUGUUUUGAGUUAACAGGGAAGGGUUCAACGUCAGUGCACUUUUUAGUGUUGGUGGUCAGAAUCCCCUUAUCACAACACAACUCUAGAUUUAAAGUCAACUGACCUGGUUAAAUUUAUAUAUUUUUUGUCCGUGCUACAGACGGCUGUAUCUGUUUGCUAAUACAGGACUAGUAAAGGCCCAGGGCACUACUUUUGUGAUAAUAAUUCAGGGGGUACUGCAGCACCCCUACUUCCCAUAGCUAUGAUUAAAGGUGUGCAGUAUAGAGAUUAAGCAAAAAUGACACAAAGAAACUUCACAGACAUCAAUGAUUAUGCAAAUUCAUUCUAUCUAUGUUUUCCCCAGUAGGUAAGGUAUGGAUUAAGGGAAGUGUACCCACACUUUCAGAGAAAGCAAAGAGGGGAUUUAAGGGAUACAUGCAAGAGAUACAUAUGCCUACAUUUACAUUGAGACAUACAGCAGUUCACCUGGACUGUCAGGUAGCUAGCUCUAAUUGGGCUAAAUGUCUUGUUGGCGUGGAUAACAACAGUUAUUAGUGCUUUGGUCUGUCACCUCAAUGAGGAUAACAACAUUAUAUACAACCUCUAAUGAACAACCUUAUUGAGGUGUGAUUACUUAGAGGCUAAAGGUCAAUAUGAUGAAGAGGAUUUUCUCAUUAGCCAGGUGUAGUGGUAAACGCUGAGGGGGAAUUUAGCAUGCUUACAAGCUAAACACUGAGGUAGGAGUUAGCAUCCUAACAAAGCUGAGGUGGGAGUUAGCAUGCUAACAAGGCUGAGGUCAGAGUUAGCAUGCUAACAAGGCUGAGGUGAGAGAAAGCAUGCUAACAAGGCUGACGUGAGAGUAAGCAUGCUAACUCGGCUGACAUGAGAGUAAGCAUGCUAUUUCGGCUGACGCGAGAGUUAGCAUGCUAACUCGGCUGACAUGAGAGUUAGCAUGCUAACACGGCUGAGGUGGGAGUUAGCAUGCUUAUAAGGUUGAACGUGUGUGUAUCUCCGAGGCAUGUCUUGUUAAAUUGUCAACAAGGGUAAUUGUACAGUUAUUGUACUGGAAAGAGAUGCUCAUUGUUUAUUGAACAUUUGAUGAGAUGAAGGAAAAAUCAAGAGAGGUGAAAUGGAGAGGUUGUGUUCUGCUGUGGUUGAUUGACUAGCACAGUGUUAAGGAGAGCGGUUAGGACACUUUCUGUCUAAUAAUACAGAAUGAUGCCGUGGCAACGCUUGCUUGUACCAACAUGACGUUAGUUAUCAGUACCAUAAUAAUGAGUUAUAUGACAAUUCAUGAAAUUUUUUCACAAAGUCAUGAUACAUGCAGCAAUAUGCAAUCCAACCGGUUGGGUAGUCGUUUAGACAGCCUAAAUCAUCAUCACAUCUGAUCAUGCUAAUGCUUGCAUUACCUUUCACUAACGCUUGUGACAACCUUCAUAUCAUGUUUAUUAUACUGUUUUGAAGGCAGUGUGACACAUUUCAAACGUUCCCUUGGAUUCUAUUGUAAAUGUGGUUACCAUAUCUCUUAUAUUUAUACGUUUGGAUUUGUUAGUUUUCUGAAUUGUGCUUCUCCAAAGUUAUUUAUGAUGUAAAUAUGCUCAGAAAAAGACACCACUUUGAAGCACAAGGGAAAAGUUGUAUUUAUUUAGUGAAUGUUUAUUUUGGGUUUUGAAAUAUAGUUGCAAUCAAAACAGUCUGCUUGCAUAUGAGUGUGUUUGAUUUAAACAAAUUCUAUGAAAAAAAUUAAUAAACAACACUUUUUCCAAAGAAAAAAUGGCUCAUAAUUGACGUGUGUUUUCUAUUGUAGGCUACUGUAAGCAUUUGAGCGUAAAUGCAAUAAUGAACUUAUAUUGACUAUAUAUACUGAAAAACAUCUAAGAAAAAACACCUAUUGGAACUGUAUAUUUACUGUUACAUUUACCCAUAAAAAGAAAAGUAUUGCAUUCUGUCCAGCUAAUAAUCGUUUUUUUUUAAAAGGCAAAAAAUACACCCCAAAACUGUGA